GAAUUCAGCUGGGUAAAUUUCUGCCACAACUUCCAACCAAAAUGAGAAUCGAUGCACUUUCCACAACUGACCAUUUUGGGCCAUCAGUUCAUUAGUCACCCUAUAGUCUAUAUUGACAAAUUCCAGGGAGAUCCAAAUCCCAAAAAGAGAGAGACCGACCUUGGUUCCCAGAGUGGAACAUUGAACCACCGCCUCUACUCGAUUGAUUAGACGAAAUCUGCCCUUCAUUCAUCAUCGGUAGCCUACCUCAAAGGAUGCCAGUCUGACAACAUGCCUUUAGAUUCUGGACUUGAGUCUCAAGGAGGGCGUGGGUAUGUGGAUCCGGAUCAAAUUUACAAGAAUGCCGUGACCAAGCUAAGGGCUCUUUUGAGCGCCACGGAAGUGGCCAAUCAGUCUGAAGAUAUGGCUGAUGUCGAUGGUCCACCAUUUGGCGGGUCUUUAGAUCAUUUGAAUCACAUUGGAAGCAUGGAGCCUCGACCCGGAUUGACAGAUCCCCAAUUUUCGAAGCGACGAAAGUUCGUCAAACACAGCAACAGCAAAGUGAAACGAGCUCUUUUCCAGAAAAACAAUAGCUCUGAGCGAGAACGACACAGUUCGUGGCACAAUUUGGAACACUUGGAUGUGAACAACCAAGAAAUUUCUUUGAUCAAAAGACAAGAAGCCUAUAUUGCUCAAUUAGAGACGGAAACUCGAUUUUGUCGAGACCAAUUGACCGAAGUGCUUCAGCAUGUGAGAAGUGUUCUCUCCGAAAAAGAGGCUGAGAAACAGUCUGAUGUAGUUAAGAAUGCAAUUUCCGAAGUGUUCAGCACAAUCCAAGGAUGGCAACACAACAUUCAGCCCAAUGCGAGUGCCCUGGUGGAACAUUUACGUCAGGAAAAUGCUCAACUGAAACAGGCUUCGCUAGGACACGGUUCUAGUGAUGUCCUAGUACAGAAAUUGAACAAAGAUAUCGACGUCCUCACCGAAGCUCUCAAGCAAAUGAGAGCCGAGGCUGAAGAUGUUCGCCAACACGAGAAUGAGGCCGUGGAACAAGUCCAACGAAGCAUUCAAGCGGCCGAGCAACUCAAAAUGGAGAAGACUGAAUUAGAAUAUGAAAUCGAGCAACUCAAACUUCAAGUGGAACGGCAACAAACGAGGAUACGAGCAUUGAUCGAGGAACAGGUGGUAAAAAUCGACGAAGAGCGUGAAAUCGUGGAAAAACGAGCCCAGGAUCAAGUUCGAAUGGUUCGCGAAGAACUCCGAGGUCAAGUGGAGGAGGUUGGUAGACUCUCGGCCGAAGUCGAGACAUUUCAGAGACAUGAGAUGGAUCUCAAGCGCCAAAUGGAAGAGAAGGAAUCGUUAGCCGAAAGUGUGCGGCAAGAUCUGGAAAAACGCCUUGGACACACCCAAUUAGAAUUGGUGGCUUUGGGGUCGUCGCGCCAGCAGUUGGAACAAGACCGUGCCAACUUGAAAAUGGACCUUGAUCACACAAAACAUGCCUUGACCACAGAACAGAGUCGAAAUGAGGCUGAAUUGGUCUCUUUGCGGGGUAGACUGACCAAAACCGAGGAGAUACUUUUAGUAUGUCGACAAGAAUCCUUAGAGCUCACCGAAGCCAAAGCCAGUCUUGAGAGGGAAUUGAAUCUAAUUCGUUUACAAAUAGAGGGCUCUGACCAUUCCCGCCAGAGCGAUUUGGCUUCUGCUAAAAACGAUCUCAACAUCGAGCUCACCAAGACAUUGAAGGAAAGAGAAUUGGCUUACAAGAUGAAUGAGCGCAAGCUCGAAGACAUGAUCUCGAGACAACGAGAAGUCAUUGGUCAACUGAAACAUCAGUGCAAUCUGAUCACCGACAAGUGCGAAGAAUCUGUGAAAGAUUACGAAGCCCAGUUGGCUAAGUUACGGGCUUCUCAAGCCGAUUUGAAGGCCAAAAAUGAGGCGCUUAAUCAAGCACGCGCAGGGCUCGAGUCCCAAUUACUGGAACGGGGAAGGCUUCACGAGAAGCUUUGUCAACGGUUGGAACACUUGGACAUGCAGCGAACCCAUAUGGAUGAGAACCUUCGGAGAUCGAUGAUUCGGUACGAAUCCCAGCUGCAAGAGAAAAGAGCCGUGAUUCAUGAGAACGAGUUCUUGAAGGACAUCCUCCGGUCCAAAGGCUUUCUGCCCGAAUUGAGCAAGAAAAAGGACAAGAAUCACCUCUCGUCGAUCUCGAAAGAUAUCAGUGAUGCCAAACUAACGUCCAAGGUCAAAGUGAAAAAAGCCAAACCACCAAAACGUCUGCUCAAUCAUGCCGUUGUCAUUGAGAGGAAUGGUCAAGUGACCUCACCUCUCCUCAAGCCUUAAAAAGCGAUCAGUUUGGCAAUUUCUUCCUCUUACACACUUCUCGUAAUAUGCUUCCGUGUGGUGUGAAAAGUAUUGUUCCAGCUAGUCUCUUACACCAACGAGUUGAAAUGAAAUCAUUUUAUGCAAA